AUGGCCUCAUUAGUGCAGCGCCGAAUGCUCUCGAAAGAAGACGAGGAGGGAGACGGCGUCGAAGUCCGCCGAGAAGACCAGGACAAGAUCAACAGAUUCAGCCGCCUUCACCAGCGCGAAAUCGCCCUCAAGGAGGAACUACAGCUCAAGAGCAAAGAAAAGGAAGAGCUGGACGACAUCUCGACCGAACUCGAACUCGCCGACGAAGACGAAAAGAUACCAUACAAAAUCGGCGACGCCUUCUUCCAUCUCUCUCUCGAACAGGCACAGGAAAUGCUCGGCACCGCAACGACGCGAAUAGACGAAGAGACGGCCGCCCUGGAAGAAAAACUCGACUCCAUCCGCGAAGAAAUGACGCAGCUCAAGGUCGAGCUGUAUGGCAGGUUCGGCAAGCAAAUCAACCUGGAAACGUGA